AUGUUAUAUGGAACUCCACUAGUACCGUACAAACACUGUGUGAAACAUGAUAAGUUUGGCAAACGGUGUCAAGGAACAACAACAACAAAUACUUCGUCAGAUCAGAGUUCACAUAAAAUGAUGUUUAAUAGCGGACACAUUAAAGGACCUAUUAGUCAUCAAUUAAAAUUUAUAUAUCCAGAAGAUCAACCAGCAAUUCCGAUUUAUCGCGUUCUUGAGCCCGAGGGUCAUGUCAUCAAUGAGAGCGAAACACCUGAGUUCACAGACGAACAUAUUAUAAAACUCUAUAAAGACAUGACACUACUCAAUGUUAUGGAUCAAGUUUUGUAUGAAUCACAACGGCAGGGUCGUAUUUCAUUCUAUAUGACUAAUACCGGUGAAGAAGCAACACAUGUUGGUAGUGCUGCUGCUCUCAAUCCAAAAGAUCUUAUCUAUGGACAAUAUCGAGAAGCCGGUGUUCUCAUGUAUCGUGGUUUUAAAUUACAUGAAUUUAUCGAUCAAUGUUUUGGUAAUGCUCAUGCAUCAUGUAAAGGUAUCCAAAUGCCUAUACAUUAUGGUUCAAGAAAUCUCAAUUUUGUUACCAUUUCAUCCACAGUGGCUACACAAAUGCCACAAGCUGUGGGUAGUGCUUAUGCAUUUAAACGUCGAAACAAUGGUUAUGCCAUAUCAACAUCGACUAUUGAACAAUAUCGUGGUGAUGGUAUUGCUAGUCGAGCACCCGGUUAUGGCAUGAUAACAAUACGUGUUGAUGGAAAUGACCUUUUUGCUGUUUAUAAUGCUACAAAAGCAGCACGCGAAUUAACUGUUAAUAAAUCUCGACCUGUAUUGAUUGAAGCAAUGACGCUCAGAGUUGGUCAUCAUUCAACAUCAGACGAUAGUUCAGCAUAUCGAUCUAUUGAUGACAUACGUUCACGUGAUCAAAAAUAUAAUCCAAUAGUACGUUUUCGUAAAUAUAUGUAUAAACGUGGUUGUUGGGAUGCAGAAAAAGAAGAAAAUUGGACUAAAGAAUCACAACGAAUGGUCAUGCAAGAAGUUAAACAAAGUGAAAAAAUGAAACGAGCACCAAUUUCGACAAUGUUCGAAAAUGUUUUUGAUAAAAUUGAACCACAUCUACAACGACAAAUGAAAGAAAUGAAUGAUCAUAUUCGUCAAAAUCAUGAUCAUUAUCCAACGUUAUCAUUCUAUGAACAAAGAUGA